UAUCAUAAUUAUCGGUCAGAAGGAUGAAUUGAAGCUGAUUCAGUUUGAGGGGAAUAACUUCGUUCUGAGAAGAGAGAUAUUUUUCUGCGCCAUUGUCCAACUCCACGACAGACGCAAAUCUCUGGAACAGGUCCACAAAUUGGGAAGGAAGGGCGUUUUGUUAUUAGCUUUUGAUUGUCAUUGAAAACUUGUGUUGCAAUAAUUGAAUAAUUUGGAUAGAAUCGGCGGCUCCUUUCACUAUGGAUCCAGUUGCUGCCAUUGUUCGAUUCAAUGCCAUGACGGCAGCCAGAGACAAAAUGUGUCGUUUGGUGCAGUACAUCUCCAGGUUUGUCUGGUAUUACCUGCAGAGACAUGGAUACAGCGCCGACUUUGUUACUCGUUUUAAACAAUUGGAAGGUGCUAUCAGCACUGCCAGGAAAUUGUUCCGGAUAGGUAAGAGUGUUGAUGUACUGCAGUCAGCUGCUGCUACACUACAUCAUCCUGAUCUUCUCGUCCGAUGCACACUGACCUUCUCCAAGGUGAACACCGCACUGUUCUUGGUGUUUGAUCACAUCGUGUGGGGCUGCCGUAUCGGCAUCUUUCCCAAGACGGACAAGGCCUACUGGGGCCACCUGUCCAACCGCUUCUGGCUCGUGUCUCUGUCCGCGCUGCUGCUACGCGAUUUCUACGAGCUGAAACGCCUCGUGCAGGAGCGCAUGGCCCGUCAGCCCAACGCCUCCGGAGAUGGACGGUUGAAUCAGCGACAGCAGAAUCGGGGCAGAGCCGGUUCCAGCAUUCGUGCGGCGCCCGGUGCGAUCGCAGCCACCUGCGUACGGCACCCGGAGGUGGUGCUGGACACGAUCAAGAACAUGGCCGACUUCUUGCUGCCGCUAGGCAACUUGGAUCUGAUCAGCUCGUCGCCGGGACUGCUUGGUCUCUGUGGUACGGUGUCGUCGGCUAUUGGCACCCUCGUGCUGUGUGAUGACCGGUACAAGAUCAGGCCGUCGUAAUCACCACCUUUCUGCAUCCCCUGAAGUCAGUGGCGUUGCCUGAGUGGACUUCCUUGAAAGGCCCGAGGCGAGGCGUCGGUGCUGAACGGGUUCCUUGCGCCCGUGCAUGACAGUAUGUGUUGAUCUGUGCACAGAAGGCAUCCAUACUUUUGCUACCCAAAUAUGGUUAGAUUUCCUAUAGCUUUGAAACAGCUAUUACUUGACAAAUAAGGCAUGGCACUGUUGCCCUGUAUGGGGAGUGGCAUUUGCCUGCACUACACGGUACCUGCAUUGCACCUCCACUGCAUUGUCACUGGUGCUGCGCCAAUGUAUACUUGUGCUGGUCCACAUUCAGUUCGCAGCAUUCUCUCUACUUUGUCUAGAUUUUUAUGAUGGCCUGGAGCUAUCACCCCCCCCCCCCCCCCCACACACACACACUCCACCGCCACCACCACACGCUCACAAAUUCUCUAGGGCGAAAGUCCUGAUUUAUCGCCGUAGACCGGCUCGAAAGUCAAGGCGGUGAUGCGUUGAUUUUCCUGUUGAUGAUUAAAAUCAGUGAAAGCAUUACCUUUUUAGUACAGUAGUUCGAUAUUAUAGAUAGCUUGCUGGCUCUCACUGUCACCAGAUAAUGCUCGCUGCUAGCUUUCCUUAGAGUAAAGAGAAAGGACCAAUUUCCUCAGUGUGUUGGACAUUAUCCUACCACUAUUCCAAUGGUGGUCAUGUGUUUGUUUGUUUUCUUCCACAGUUUGUUCAUAAAAGCCGUCAAAUUUUGGUUAUGAGCGCGUUAUCCAUAUUGUUCUUAUUUUCUAGUCGUUAUUUAAUUUUGAUGUGCGGUGUCUUGCCCGCAACAUUCCCUCA